AUGAUAAAAAAUUGCAGCCAUUAAAAAGUGGGUUAUCUUCUUGAGAGAUCUGACAUUAAAGAAGUGUGUGACUUAUGUUAUGACAUUGAUUGUAUUGAGUCUCACAAAUUUGUUUAAAAAGUUGAAUUAUCAGAUUUUAUAUCUAAGACACUUCCACUCUUAACAAAGUUUUCUUAAAUUUUAUUUGAUUAAUUACCUAAUGCGAUUACUACUUUUACUUAAUAAUUAGGUUCCAUUUAUGAAAGAUUAAUUUAAGAAUCACCAAAAAAGUAAAUUAAUAGCAUGAUUGAAAUUUUAUAAAAUAAAGAUGAUAAAUAUUUUGCUCAAUUAUUAGACUUUUAUAUAACUAGAAAUCAUAUAUAAAUGAUUAAAGAAAAAUUAAAUGAAGUUUGUAAUGUAUAUAAUAUGGUUUAAAAAUGUCAGGAACAAUUUAAACCAAAUUAAUCUGAAACUCUUGAAAUUUAAGAUCAAAAAUCAAAAAACAAAUUUGAGAAGUUAAGAAUAUUAUUUUCUAAAAAAGAUGAGUCAUUAAUUCAAUAAUUACCAUUAAUAGAUAUUAAUAGCAAAAACAUAGAAUUAACACAGAAUUUUGAAAUACCAACAAAUUUUAAGUUCAAAAGAUUAUAUAGUAUCACUUGGUUAAAUGAUAAAUUUAUAGGUAUAGCAGCUGGAGAAUUUCAUCCUUUUAUUAUUUAUGAUCCAAUUAAAAAAUAUGUUCAUUAAUAAAUACUUGAAAUGAAAAAUGGAGUUUAUGAUUCUAUUGUUAUAAACCAAACUUAAAUUGUUUUAGCUUAUGUUAGAAAUUUAAAAUUAUUUGAUUUUGUAAAUGGAAAAUUUGUAACCAAUAUACUUGAAUUUCAAGAAUCAUAAAGUACACCUAGUAAAUUAUAUUAUUGUAAAUAAUCUAAUUCUGUAUUUGCAUCUAAUAAUUUUAAUUAAUUAAGUCCUAUUAAUUAUAUUAAUAGAUGGAAAUUAGAUAAUGGAUAACUCAUUAAAUAUGAAAUCCAAGCUAAAACAUAUGGACCAUUAUGUAUUAUCAAUGAUAAAUAAUAAUUUUGUACUAGUCUUUGGUGGGAUAAGAAUAAAAAAUCAUAAAGAAAUAAUUAUAUUUUUAUUUGGAAAUAUGAUAAAAAUGAACCUAUCAAAUAAAUCAAUACUAAAGAACCUUAAUAUGCUAUGAAUAUUAUUGAUAAUGAAAUAAUUGGAUUUGGUACAGAAAUUACUUUUUGGAAUCUCUAGAAUUUUAGAUAAACUAAAAAAAUUAAAUUUCCAGAAGAAAAACUUAAUCCAUGGAAUUCAUAUAUUAUUGAUGAAAUGAUAAUUUUGGGUUGUGAAAAUGGAAGUAUUCUAUAAUUAUAUUAUUAGAUAUAUGGAUGACAAAUAAAGGAUUUGAUAAAUGGGAAAAGUUGAUGAAAAUGAGAGCAAAAACUAUGAAAAUUAAUGAAAACAAUGGAAAACUAGUAAUUACUGCAUUAGAUUGUAGUUUUUGCAUCUUUUAAAUUAAAAAUUGA